CUCACUCUCUUUUUCUCAACGCUUCCAUCCAUCGCACCAUAUCACUGGAACCUCCAUCCAAGGUAUGAAUCCACAUCCUUCGUUAACAUCUCCAUUUGCUAGGGCAUUUCCAUCCGGCGAGAGUAGAGAUCCGGGAAAGUGAAGAUGGAGAUGAGGAGGCCAAUAGUGGUGGUGGUUGAAGGGUGAAAAGAGAGGAGGAUGACGAGAGAGAGAGAGAGAGAGGAGUGGGAGAGUGAUGGGCGGUAGUAUAGCUAGAACUUCGCCAGAAGGUCGUUGAAAAGGAUCGCUCCAUUGCUGGGCUCCAGGAAGGCUCUCGUAUCUCGAGCACGGUUUUCAGGAUGCCGAUGCUCGGCUCCAUUCCGUUCUUGAGGAGAAUGUGGGAUGCUUAUUUGAUUUCUUUUGAGUUUUUUUCGUUGAUUGAUAUUCUGAUUUUUGGCCUUGUUUUUGGGGUUUUGAAGACUAAGCUGUUAAAGGAGCGUGAUUUACGUGCUCUGACUUUGAAGAAAUUGGCCAGAGAUUUGGUGAAGCAUAUUUGCCAAGGCCGAAAAGGUGAGCUUGUGUGUGUUCAAGUUGUAAGUCCAGGACUUCAUGUUCUUACUAAUGCUAGACUGGAUACUCCAUGGCAUAAGGCACAAGUACUUGGUGAGAGUUUGAAGGAGGUAGAGGAGUAAUGGAGAUAAAGAAAUUGCUUCAAAGGAGAUGGUGGAGAAGUCGAUGGGAAACAGAGUGAAGGCUAAGAAGGAUAGGUUGCCAAACACUGGGUGUGACUGUGAUUGGGAACACAAUGAGUUAAAUCUUUGUUGAAACGGAUACCAUACUGGCAAUUAUAUAUAUAUACAUAUAUAUAUUAUUUUGAUGAAACUUGUUAUGGUUUUUUUUUCUUUUAAAUUUAAUAUUUUGAGGGGAAAACAGGGAGUGUUUGGGACAAGGAGUAUAGGGGUAUUGGCAGUGAAUUCAGAUGCAGAAGCAUGUUUCUAUGAGAAGUAUUUGGAGGAAGGAGUGUGGAAAGAGCAUAGUGUGCAGUACCAUUUAGAUGUUUGAUUGAUUUAUGUUUUUUGUA